AUGGCAUUAACAAAGGAGCAGUUGAAGGACAUUGAGACCAAAUUAGUGGAAUUAGCUGCCAAACAGGUUGGUCCCCUUAUAAAAGAGCACGCUGGAACACAGUUCGAGGCGUUUGACGACAAAGCCAACCAAGUAGACUUGGUAACGGCAGUUGACAAGAAAAUCGAAUCCAUCAUCAAGCAGUCUCUUUCCACGCUAUAUCCCGACUUCAAGUUUGUGGGCGAGGAGAGUUACGAAGAAGACCACACGGUGAUUGGGAAAGAACCUACGUUUAUCAUCGACCCCAUCGACGGAACCACCAAUUUCAUUCACGGGUAUCCUUACAGCUGUACAUCAAUGGGACUUGUGGAAAACGGUGUUCCAGUGUGCGGUGUUGUGUUCAACCCCCACCUGGACGAGAUGUACCACGCCUCGGCCGGAAACGGUGCUUUUUUGAACGGAAAGCCUCUUAAGGUCACCGAGCGUGAGUUAAAGUUGCAGCAAUCGGUCAUCGCGCUCGAGGCCGGUUCUGAGCGGUCCUCCGGCUCAUCCGGCGACGAUAACUUUGACAUCAAGCAGGCUACCUACAGAAACUUGUUAAGCGACCAAGGUGGCUAUAUCCACGGCAGCAGAAGCUGCGGCAGCGCUGCCAUGAACAUGUGCAUGGUUGCUGCGGGCAAGCUUGAUGCCUACUGGGAAGGUGGCUGCUGGGCAUGGGACGUUUGCGCUGGAUGGUGCAUUCUCGCGGAGGCCGGCGGUAUUGUAGUCGGUGGUAAUCCUCAGGAAUGGGAGGUUCCUGUAGACGAGCGUUGUUACCUAGCAGUGAGAGGCGGCUGUUCGCAGCCGGCGCAGAAGGGGUUCGUGAAGGAGUUCUGGUCCCACGUAGCUGGUAAACUAAAAUAUAGAUGGUAA